GAGAACAUAAAAUCAAGCUGGGAAAAUAAAAGGUGUCAUCACCAUCUGACCGGCCGUAAUGGAGGGGUUGAAAGUUGGAAGAUUUGGAAGACGGGAAUUGAAACAAACUUCUCUCCUUCAUAAAUAUGCUUUCCUAUUCAAUCCUUUCUAUUCAAUCACACAUAUGUUUCUCCCUCAGAGCUUACAAAUCUCAGACCAGUUUUUAUGAUGAAGAAAUAAUAAAUGUGCUGAGAGGAAGAAUCUCCCGCGCUCUGCCUCCGAAUUCAGAAAUAAUUCGAAUAAAAUAUGAAGACCCGAAGCAGCAGAAGCGGCAGAGUUUCCCCCAAAUGGAUCUUCGUCUUCUCCGUUCUCAGUUUCGCCUUUGGCAUGCUUUUUUCCAGCAAAGUAUGGGCUCCUCUUGAAAUGGAUGAUGGCCGGAUGAUGUUCGGCCGCCGCAUUAAACCAGAAAAGCUAGACGAUUGCGGCACAAAGGCUGAUCAGGACAACGAGAAAGUAAUUAGUGACUUCAGCAAAGUCCAGGAAACCAACCAAAGCUCCGAAAUUCCAUUUUCCAAAGCUCAAGAUGAGCUGUCAUUGUCCAAGAGUUAUGAGGACGAGGAGAAGACUGAGGAAAUCGGGACAAGGAAGAAAGCUUUUAUGGUUAUUGGGAUAAACACAGCCUUCAGUAGCAGAAAGAGGCGUGAUUCUGUUAGACAGACAUGGCUUCCUCAAGGUGAGAAGCUGGUUAAAUUGGAAGAAGAAAAGGGAAUUGUUGUGCGCUUUAUGAUAGGCCACAGUGCAACAUCCAAUAGCGUAUUAGACCAAGCAGUUGAUCUGGAAGAUGCUCAGCAUAAAGACAUUCUUAGGCUUGAGCACAUAGAAGGAUAUCAUGAGUUGACUGCAAAGACGAAGUCUUUCAUUUCCACUGCCUUUGCAAGAUGGGAUGCUGACUUCUAUGUCAAGAUUGAUGAUGACGUUCAUGUCAACUUGGGUGCACUUGCUGCAACUCUUUCCCGGCACCGCCUGAAACCCAGAGUAUAUAUUGGCUGUAUGAAAUCUGGACCAGUUCUUUACAGCAAGAAUGUGAAGUACCAUGAACCUGAGUAUUGGAGAUUUGGAGAUAUGGGAAAUAAGUACUUCAGACAUGCAACUGGACAGAUAUAUGCUAUCUCAAAAGAUUUGGCGAAGUUCAUAACUGACAAUGGGCAAAUUUUACAUAAGUAUGCCAAUGAAGAUGUAUCACUUGGCGCAUGGCUGAUUGGUCUUGAUGUUGAGCACAUCGAUGAUCGUAAUUUGUGUUGUGGAACCCCGCCAGAAUGUGAAUGGAAACUUCAAGCAGGGAAUGCAUGUGUUGCAUCUUUCGAUUGGCCUUGCAGUGGAAUAUGCAAAUCAGUGGAUAGAAUAAAGCAUGUUCAUGACAAGUGUGGGGAAGGUGCCGAGGCUCUCUGGGGUUACCACUUCUGAUGAUUAGUGUACUAUAUUCUUCCAUAUUUUAAAUAUAUACAAAAGGAGAAACCCUGGUCACAAUUUUGCAGUUCAGGUGUAUAAAAGAAAAGAAAAAAACCUCACUAUCAAAAUUACUCCACUGCAUUCAUAUUUG